AUGGCUGAUGAUAGAAACAAUCAGACUGGCCCGACGAGGCGGCGCGGUGCGCAAUAUGAGGAACACGAAUUGAAUACGUUGCAGAGGGAAACAACUCGGGCUGAUACAUUGGCCAAUGCCAGUCCCACAUCAACAGAAACCCACGAACCUCAACGACGAACUUGGCGGCAUCUGUUCCCAGGAAUCUUUCAUCAUGUACCCCUCCGCGCCGCCAGGGACCACCUUGCCAACGAACGGGUCUUCCUUGGAUAUAUCCGAACGUCUUCAGCACUCGCCAACUUCGCUAUCACAAUUCUCCAGCUCUACCGGUUAAAGCACGAUCCAGUCCCCGCAGGCAAGCUGAGCGACUACGAUCUGGGCAUCCCGCUCGCGGUGGUGACGCUAGUCAUCGGACUCGCCAUAACCCUGGCAGGGGCAUGGAGGUUUUUUGCCUGCCAACGUGCCAUGGCGCAGAAAAAACAGAUCGUCACGAGUGGAUUGGUGGUGCUCGUAUUCAUCCCGGUCGUGGCUCUAUUGCUCCUUAGCCUGCUGAUCCUGACCAUCAUUGUCAACCCCAACAUGUGA